AUGCAUCCAAAGUCCGUCUUGGCUCUUCUAUUCUUUCAGAUCGUUACCGGACUGGCCUUCCAUCAGCACGUCAAACGGGGCGGACAGUCAAACGCCACUCUUUCUGCUUAUGGUACCAAUUCUACCGACUGGCCUAUUGCCUAUGGACUCGAUGAUGGUCUCCUCUACAUUGCUGAAGAUCCCAGCAACAGCAACGCCAACCUGACUCCCCUGACCUGGGACCUGGCUUCUAUCACUGGCCAAUGCUGGAUUGCCAACGCAACUUUCAAUAACGGCACCGGUGCCGGCUCCAUGUAUAUCAUGCCCGAGAACGAUUACCCCGUUGGAGUUCUGCCGAUGACUAGGAUCGCCUACCUGAAUGGAACGGUAUCGGGCUUUGCUCUGUUUGCCUCGCAGCUAGUCUACAACAACAAUACGUUUCUUGAAGCGCAGUUCUGGGCCAAGUCUACAAACUUCACCGGUGUCUAUGGUCUUACUUGGACUCUGGACGAUACUGCCCCGAGUGGUGACUUCCCUGUUGUUGUGAAAGCGACUGAGAAAUCCUAA